AAAUUUUCUUCUAACGAACUAAACUGACAAUGGCGCUAAUUCAGUGUCCCUCAUCAUCUCUCACCACCAAGCCCUAUCAUCAUCACCUUCCUCACACUCCUCCGCUGCUUCACUUUUCAACCAGAACCCACUUCACAGUGAAGUCCCAGACCCCAUCGGAGCCGUCAAAACCCGCCGCCGAUGCCACCCAGGUCCCACCCAAGAAACCCACCUCAGCCGGGACAGGCUUCGGCCCGCCUCCUCCUUCUUCGGCCAAGUCGAAUUCCACCGCUGAUAACAAGAAAGGGAGGGCGGCGGUGAUUCGGAGGUCGCCGGUGGAAAAGCCCCUGCUUUAUUCUGAAGAAGAUGAGGCUAAGGCCAAGGAGAUGGGAACAAAUGAGAGCGCUUUUGUUCUUGCUUGGUUGGGGCUCGGCGGCGUCAUCCUAGCCCAAGGCCUUCUUCUCGCCGCUUCGGGCUUCCUGCCAGAAGAGUGGGACAAGUUCUUUGUGAAGUAUUUAUAUCCAUCUUUUACACCAACAGUCGGCUUGUUUGUUGCUGGAAGUGUUGUGUAUGGAGUGGUGAAGUAUCUGCAGAAUGAGGAACUUAAAGGUCAGAAAUGAUAUUUACUUUGUAUACAUAGAAACUUUCAGUUAAAUGAGGAAACAUUUCAAUAGCUUUUAAGGCUGUACUUGUAGUGCUUUCAUUGUUUAUAGGACGAUGAAUCAGCUGAAAAAAAAUCUCAAACAGCUUCCAUUUGUUCCUUAAAUCA